AGGUUUUGCCUCAUUUUUUACCUUGAGGUCAUGAAAAUAUUCUCAUCCAAAAGCCUUAUGCUUUUGGAUUUUAUAAUUGUGAAUUCAAAUGUCAGAAAAUCGUAGAAGUAAGACUUCACAGUGGGGAACGGGGUGACCUCCUUGCUGUGAAGAUGAAGCAGCUAAUCUGUUCCAUACACACCAAGAUGGUUUUUCAGAAAAUCUUCUUUCUAUCUUGCAGGUUAAAAUUGCAUACAUUAACUUCCUGAAUCACUGCUAUGUGGAUACAGAGGUGGAAAUGAAGGAGAUUUACACCAGCAAUCACAUGUGGAAAUUGUUUGAGAAUUUCCUUGUAGACAUCUGCAGGGCCUGUAACAACACUAGUGACAGGAAACAUGCUGACUCGAUUUUGGAGAAGUACGUCACCGAAAUCGUCAUGAGUAUUGUUACUACUUUCUUCAGCUCUCCCUUCUCAGACCAGAGUACAACUUUGCAGGUGAGAAAUACCAACAUCAAGCAGAAUGCUCAUGAUACACCUUCUGCAGUUGGGCUUGAUGCACAUUUGGGAGUGAGCAACUGUAAUGAACCAGUCUGCAAAGCAUUAAUAAAAGAUAAAUUUCUCUUGGUGGAGGAUAGCUGUGAUGGGAUUUCUUGGAUAAAGAAGUACCUGAGGAUAUUUUCUUGUACUGGAUGGUUCUGUUAAUUGUUGAUUUUCUCCUUAAAAUCUUUAUUGCUUUAUUUAUUAUUAUU